AUGGCUGGCUCAGACGAAGCAAACAGUCAUCCAGCAGAGGGCAACACCAGAAUCAAUAUUACUGGUGCCGAACUGCAAGCUCUAAUCACCGCGGCAGUUUCUCAAGCGGUAGAGGCUAAAUUUAAAGAGCCGAGUGUCGUUCGGUCUCAAACUCUUUCGAGAACCCAUUCUCAGCCACAUACUCACAGGAAGAGUGAGUCCCUGCACUCGUCUAACCAGGGCAGUGUACCCAAGAAACAGGUUGUUCUUGAGUCUACCCCUAGGCACACCAAGGGAUGUACCUACAAGUAUUUUGUCUCCUGUAAGCCAAGAGACUUCACAGGAGAAAAAGGGGCAAUAGACUGUAUGAAGUGGUUAGAUGAGAUGGAAACGGUGAUAGAUAUUAGCGGUUGUGCUAAAGAGGAUGUGGUCAUGUUUGUCUCCCAAUCCUUUAAGGGCGAUGCCCUUACGUGGUGGAAAGCACUUGUACAGUCCACUGGGAAAGUGCAUUUGUAUAAUCUUUCAUGGGAAAAGUUUGUUGAUUUGGUAAAGGACACUUAUUGUCCUCAGCAUGAAGUUGAGCGUGUAGAAACUGAUUUCCUCACCCUUGUGAUGAAGGAUCUGGACUGUAGAUCCUAUGUGACUAGUGUUAACUCCAUGUCAAGACUGGUUCCCUAUCUAGUCACUCCUGAGCCUAAACGCAUUGCGCGUUUCAUUAGUGGUUUGGUCCCUGAAAUUAAGGGAAAUGUUAAGGCUUCUAAGCCAACCACCUAUAGAUCCGCUGUGGAUCUAUCAUUAUCCCUCACUUUGGAUAUUGUGAGGAGUAAGGCGAAGAAGACUACAGAUGAGGGAAAGAGGAAGCGAGAGGAUGAUCAAUCCUCCCAGUCGAACGAGAAAGGAAAGGGGAACUCUGGUUCCAAGAAAGGGCAAACAGGCGAUAGGCCCAGGUGCAAAACUUGCCACAAAAGGCAUUUUGGCAAGUGCAACCAAGACCCACAGGCCAAACUGUGUGGGAUCUGCAAGAAGAAGGGGCACAAAUCUGUCGAGUGCCGGAACAUUAAGGAUGCAACCUUGCAACAUUGCAUUGAAUCUUCCAAAUGGUCAGAGUUUGUGAAGAAGUUGCAAGAGAUCACAUGA